CAUGGUUAAAUGGUCGUCAACGUAAACGUUUUCAAGCAAAAAAUGUCAAAAAGAUCAAAAAGAAACCGUUAACUGGAACAAAAACAAAAAAUACUAAAACCAUUAAGAAAAGUCGAAAAAAAUGAUUGUUUGAUAAAUUAAUUUUUUAUAUUGUUUUUUGUUGUUGUUUUUGUAUCUAACAAAUACAAUAUGUUUAAAUUUUCUUGUUUAUUAUGAUAAUUGAUCCCUAUUAGUAAGAAUUUAUGCAUUUUUUGAUUGAAAAAAUAAUUUAUACAUGAAACAAUUUUUCUCUUGAAUUUAUUAUUGACACUAUGUUUUUUAGAUGUUAUAUUUAAUUGGUCUUGGUUUAGCUGAUGUUGACGAUUUAACAGUCAAAGGUGUUCGUCUAAUAGAACAAUGUCAAUAUGUUUAUUUAGAAACGUAUACAACUAUUUUACAAAUUAAUCAAGAUGAAUUAGAAAAACAACUUGGUAUAAAAAUAAUAGCAGCCGAUAGAGAAUUUGUUGAAUUAUCUGCAGGUAUAAAUUGAAAACUACUUAGGGCAUAUCAAAAGUACGAGCAGUAACACUUUAAUACCGUAUAGUAGGCUUAAAGUAACUUUCGCCUAUAUAAUCUGGUAGGGAAAAAAAAGCUCUGUCUUUCUAUGCUAUUUGGUCGUACUUCAACUAAUAUCAUAAUAUUAAAUUAUCUUUAAAACCUAUUUCGGUUGGUUAUGUGUCGGUUGUAUUCAUACUAAUUUUGAAAAAAU